AUGGGUUGCCUGCUGGGGUGGUUUUGGGCCGUUGUGCCCUGCUUUGUUGAGGGGUCGUGUGCUGGGAGGUGUCUCUGGUGGAUUCCCCUUCUCGGUGAGGAGAAGGGGGUGGGAGGCUCCCGAAAGCUACUGCCCUCAAAAACCCUACCUGUGUCUGUAGAAAGUUACAUAUUUAAUAUUGUGAAGGUAAAGCUGUACUUGUUGCUAAGAGUGGAGAGAGUGUGGGGUAUCCUUUCCUGGGGAUUAUAUAGCUGUGUGUGUGUGCCUCCGCAGAACGGGAGAAGCGGUGUGGUGGUGUCCGCAGGAACUGGAAAAGAUUCAUGCAUCAGUCUCUCAGGUGUGCUCACCCGGGAAUCUGAGCUUUUCCAGAAAAUCCAAUCUGCUCACCGAGACAGUGUUUGUCACACCACCCUUUUCUCUAAGGGCGGAUUCAAAGGAGCUCUCAGACUUCCUUCCUGUUGUACCAUUGGUUCAUUGUAUAGAAGAGCUGAAAACAAGUCUGCUGACUUGGGUGGCAACCUGCUGACCAGGCCUGGACAACCCACAGUUGCACGAAUACCUCCACCUAUUUUGCCAAGACCAUCUCAGCAAACCGGAAGCAGCAGUCUGAGCACUUUCAGGCCAGCAUAUAGUAGUUCUUUUUCUCCAGGCUAUGGUUCAUAUGGAACCUCUUUUUAUGGAAGCUAUAGUCCUUACAGUUACGGAUAUGGUGGUUUGGGUUAUAACCGCUUUCGUACAGAUGACAUUCCCCCCAGCAGGUUUGUUCAGCAGGCUGAAGAGAGCAGCAGAGGUGCAUUUCAGUCCAUUGAAAGUAUUGUGCAUGCGUUUGCCUCAGUCAGCAUGAUGAUGGAUGCUACUUUUUCAGCUGUGUACAACAGUUUCAGAGCUGUGUUGGAUGUAGCCAAUCACUUCUCCCGCCUCAAAGUACACUUCACAAAGGUGUUUUCAGCUUUUGCUUUAGUGAGAACUAUAAGAUACCUAUACCAACGACUGCAACGAUUACUGGGUCUGCAGAAGAGCUCUGAGAAUGAAGAUUUGUGGGCUGAAAGUGAGGGGACAGUAGCUCACGUUGGCCUUGAAGAUAAGGUGGCUAACUCUGCAAAAUCCUGGCCUAUUUUCUUAUUCUUUGCUGUUAUAGUGGGAGGUCCUUAUCUGAUUUGGAAAAUGCUUUCUACAUACAGUGACGAAGAAACAGUGUCUAGUAACUGGGUGAGUGGAGAAGAUGAUCAUGUAGUUGGAAGAGCAGAAUAUGACUUCAGUGCUCUCUCAGAAGAAGAAAUUUCUUUCCGUGCUGGUGACAUGCUGAAAUUAGCACCCAAAGAACAACAACCCAAAAUCCGUGGUUGGCUUUUGGCUAGUUAUGACGGCCGAACAACAGGACUUGUGCCAGCUAAUUACAUCAAAAUCCUGGGCAAAAGAAGAGGUAGGAAAACAGUGGACCUGGAAGGGAUUACAGAGCAACGGCCAGCCUUUACCAGCACAUCUGUUAGAGGAUCCAUUGCUACUGUGACUUUAGAGGAGCAGGAAGCUGCUUUUGAUUCUGUUUUUGCUGGAAUUAAUAAAGUUCCUGUUGCGUCUGACUCCACUGUGGUUAGUGGAGAGAAACAGGAACUCUAAUGCACUUCGAUCAACAAAGCAGCUGAACUGUGCUUUAUUGAUAAAACUUAUCUUGAAAAUCUGUAUUGUAGUGGAACACUGAUGGGUCUGUA